AUGUCAAACCGAGUUACCCUUCCAUCCAACCCUCUCUCGCUACCAUCUGGCCCUCUCUCUGUACCAUCUGGAUCUCUUAUUUUUCCAUCAACCAGCGAUAUUAACUUGCAAGACGAAGACGACGACGUGUCUUCAAGACCAAUACCUCCACAGCACACCGUUUUCCCAGCGAUUGAACUUUUCUUUCGUACAAACCCUGAACCAACCCGACUUGUCUCAAACAUGUCAGCUCCUUCUCCAAACAACAGCUUGGAAACCAAGCCAACCGAUCUCAAAGAAGAACCAGAGAUGGGUGUUACUCUAUCGAAUCCUACCUCUGAGAACGACACUCCAGCCUCUGCCGGUGAAGAAACUGCUCCAGCUAAUCCUACCCCUGAGAGCAACGCUCUAGCUCUCCCUGAGGAAACGGCCACUAUGGCUAAGACGACCUCCGAGAGCAAGACUCCAGCUCUCCCUGCUGAAACGGUCACUUUGCCUAAUCCUACCGCUGGGAGCAAUCUCCAAGCCCCUUCUGCGGGAACAGCUGCUUUGCCUACUACUAGCUCUAACAACAAUGGCCCAGCCCCCACUCCAGCUCCCGCUGCAGGCAGGGUCCCUCCUGUCCAACCCAUGAACAAUUUUGGGGGAUGGACCAGGGACGUUCCUACCAAUAUCUACACGGGAGAAAGCACAUUUGCCUCUAUCGACAUUCGCACAUUCGGCCCUAACACCAACAGCCGUGGUAACCAACAAAACGGAACUGAUGGAGUUCUUCAAUACCUCCUCGACAAAUCCGAGCUCGACAACAAGAAGGCUGUCGAUCUUUAUCAAUUUGAGCUCGAGAACCGCAAGCUCCAACUUCAGAAGGAGAAACGCGUUCAAGAUGUCCAAGAGGCCGGCAAACAACGCAAACAUGAGUUGGAAAAAAUGCGUUUGGAAGCCGAACUUGAAGCUUCUCUUCUGGCUUUCAAGAGAGGCUCAUCGGCGAAUACCAAUACCGAGCCUGCCCCAGAAACCGACAAAGGUUCACAAGAGUGA